GCGCUGCACACCAGCUGGUAAAUCGGCUGCCCCUCGCAGCCGCCGCGCCGCAGCCAUGGAGCAGUCCAUGUGGCAGGAGGAGCAGCGCCUGUCGCGCUUCGACGACGGCGCCGUGCGCAUGCGCCGCCAGAACGAAGCCGUGCACUCCAAUGUCGCCGCGGCGCGCGCCCAGGACGUCGUACGGAGCCGCGUCGACGCCUACUACGACCCGAGCCACCCCGACGCGGACUGGAGUGGCUUGGUCGAGAACAGGGGCAAGAAGAAGGCCGACCCGGGCAGGGGCCGGGAGCACAUCCAGCGCACCGAGGAGGGCGGCAUCGUGGCCGCGGCCCCCUACUUCGCGGAGCGGUCCGUGGGCAAGAAGCACUAUAAUGAAGACGGCCGCUUCACGACGGAGCCGCAGCGCACGCGCACGGAGAUUCAGGAACAGGACUCGCCCUACGUCACGGCCGCGCAGCUCGCGCAAAGAGGCGUCGCGACGGACCACGAGUUCCGGGGUGCCCAAACAAGACGACGGGGCAAGAAGCACGUCAACCCGAGCUUCAACCGGGCGCCGCACGCGCACCCGCUCGCGGGCGAUUACGUCGAACCUGAGGCUCCUCGAGUGCUGACGCAGUCGAACGUGCUCAUGGGCGCCACGGCUACUGCCGACAAGCAGCCCUUUCGCGCCGGGUCCCUGGCGGGGUAUCGGUCCAGACAGUUCGCGCCCGGGGCAAAAUCGAUGAUCUCGGCGACGAUCAGCGGCCUCGCGAAGGCCAUGCCGCCUCCCGAGCGCACGACGAAGAGCGACAACGGGUCCUGGACGAGCCACAACAAGGAGAUUUUAGAUAGGGACAACUAUCGCCCCGACGGCGUCCUGCCGGGCUUCACGGGCACCUUUAGACGCUAGGCCACGCACAAGUAGUAAAUUGAAACAA